UCUUCCACUCUAGGGUCAAAAGAGCUGCUUUUGUUCUCAGCCACAAAUUUCUCCAGAAUUCUCUUCAGAGACAACUUAGCCCUAUAAAAGGGGUGGGGUGGGGUCAGGUGGAGUCAGGAGGAAUUUGGGAGAAAGCUGUGAAGGGCCCAGCUUGCAGCACCAUGAAGAGCUUUCCUGUUGGCUUUCUUGUUCUCCUGAUCUUCAUCCUGAGUGUCCAUCAUGGAGUUGCCACACGUGGCACUGAUGUGGCCAAGUUCUGCUGCUUCCAAUAUAGCCACAAGAUCCUUCCCUGGAAGUGGGUGCAUUCCUAUAAAUUCACCAGGAACAGCUGCUCCCAGCAGGCUGUGAUAUUCACUACCAAAAAAGGCCAUAAAGUCUGUGCACAGCCAAAGGAAAAAUGGGUGCAAAGAUACAUCACUUUGCUCAUAGAACAGCAGCUAUCCUAACUGUUGAAUUUUAAGCCCAAGGACACCUGGGCCCUGCUCCUGACCCUGCUUGUCCUUGGCAGAACCUGGAGAUUGUCUUCAGCAGAAGGCUCUGUGGGACUGAGGAGGAAGAGAGGCUUAUAAUAAAGAUUUCUCCAUUAA